AUGUCAAUGAAAAUCGGAAAAAGUCCCGAAGGAGUCGUUAUCCUUGAUUACAAUGACAUUUUGACAAAUGUUGACGUUUCAGAUGCUAUCGAGGAAGCAUUUGGAAACCAUUCACAUUGCCUCGGUAUUAUAUUAAUCAAAAACCUACCUAAAGACUAUUCAGUAAAACGUACUCGCUUAUUACGCUUAGCAUCCGUAUUUUCUGCAUUACCAGAAACUAUAAAAAAUAAGACAGUACAUCAAGAAAGUUUGUAUAGCUUUGGGUGGAGUUGCGGUAAAGAAAUUAUGGGUGGGAAACUUGAUUAUUUGAAAGGAUCGUAUUACGCAAAUCCAAAAUAUGACAUUCCUAAUGCAACUCCAAAACAAAAAAUAGAAUUCCCAAUGUUUUGUCAUCCAAAUAUUUGGCCAAAAGACGACUUACCAGAAUUUGAACAUGCUUUCAAAGAUUUGGGGUGCUUUAUUAUGGAUGUUGCUAAACUAGUGGCUAGAGCUUGUGACUCAUUUGUAUCAUCAAGAUUACCAAGUGCAAAGCAGAAUUACCUUGAAAAGAUAAUUAUGGAUUCACAUACUACAAAAGCUCGACUAUUACAUUAUUUUCCGAUUCAAUCAAAAGAUGAUAAAGCAAAUGGAAAUAUUGAAAAUAUUGAAGAUUCUUGGUGUGGGUGGCAUGUGGAUCAUUCAUCCAUCACAGGAUUAACUUCUGCAAUGUAUAUAAACGAAUCCGAUUCAACAUUUCCUGAAGUUCAAUGUCCAGAUCCAUCAUCUGGUCUUUAUAUAAAAACUAAAUCUAAUAAAAUUGUUAAAGUUUCAAUACCUAAAAAUCAUUUAGCAUUUCAAUUGGGAGAAGCAAUGCAAUUGGCCUCUAGAAAUAAUUUGUUAGCAACUCCUCAUAUGGUUAAAGGAAUUUCACCAAAUAUUAAGAAUGAAAUACCAAUUAAUGUUAUCUCUAGAAACACUUUCGCAGUGUUUAUGCAACCACCAUUAGAUGAAAUGGUUGGUGAUAUUACGUUUGCGGAUUUUGGUAGAGAUGUAUUUCAGAGUCAUUAUUAA